AUGGCAACGCAGCUUGACAUCAUCUUGCCAAUCGCCGUGGCCAGUCCAGAUGAAAGCCGGCUCCAGCUCUGCCCGCGUCGCGCCUACGAAUUUGUCGGGACUUGCCCGUCGCCUACAACGGAUCUGUUCUCAACCGACGUGUUCUUGCGGCUCUCCCAAGAGGACGAGAGUAUUCGGGCGGCUCUUGUUCUUAUUGGCGACGUGUAUGUCAUCAAUAGCCAACAGCCAGCGCAGAGCCAACAGGGGGAUGUGCUCAUGGAGACGGAGCAAAACGAGCUCUAUGCCACGAUUCAAACGCGCACCCAAAAGCCCGACGCGCAUACUGACCCUUCCCUGUUUCUGUUGACUCUCCUGUUUUGUAUCACGCGGAUCUUGGACCAGGUCGCCUUCUACAUUGUGCACCCUCGUGGUCCUGAUAGACUUUCGACACAGUUUGACAAAUCUACACUUCUGGUAUUUCGAUUUCUUCAAGGAGUAGGAAAACUAAUGCGCGAUGAAUGCACGACGUUUGCAAAUGCAGAAUGGUGCAAAACAUAUCAAGACGUCAAGGUGGGCGGGGUUCCUAUCAACAGGGAACAGGAUACGUGGUUCUUCGAGUGUGCCUAUUUUUCUGAUUCAAUUUCCAUGUCUCGUAUUUGUCUUGAUCAAGAGAGGCGGUUUACUCGCGUUCCUGAGUUCGUCCAUGACGCAAUGGACUGUACCUGCUCGGACUGUGCCGAGGCCUCAACUUACUUCAAGCACCUAGCAACAGGGCAAAAUAUCAUGCGGCAAGCUGUAGAGCUCCUCGAGUCUAUUGACAGGUUUGACGAAAUGUUAAGCGGCUCAAAACUCGCUCACGACUCAGCGUAUGACAUGUUCCACGCCCAUUCAUUGUGUCUGAGGAUAGGUACACUUCGGCUAUUUUCCCACUUCCUCUGGCAAAAGGCUCCUUUCUCCGAAGAGGCUUUGCGUGAGUCAGGUAUCCAGGCUUACGCACAAACUUCCUUGAACCACGUCGGGAACAGAUUGCAGUAUUGUGGGCUCGAGGCCGUGAUUCAUAUUCAGCAUCUUGUAGUCAUUGGAAUUGAAGUGCGGGACCUAGCGAGCAGACAUCUCGUUACCUCGUUGUUGCAGAAGAUUAGAAGUCAAGGGUUUAUAAUUGCAGAAGUCUAUAUUGCAGACUUGCAACUGGCUUGGGAGGCAGUUACAGGCGCUUCGGGUCCUGCUACUUGA